AAAAGCUCUCGUACAUUUUAUAUCGAGUGUCGAUGUAGAAUUUUAAAUGGAAAGUUACGAAGAAGAAGAUACUAUAAACCACUUACCUGACGAGCUUUUGGUAAAGAUAUUCUUUUAUUUCACUGUAAAGAAGUUGAUGUGUACAAUAAGACUUGUUUGCCGUAGAUGGUGUAAUAUUUCAUAUGAUAGAAACCUGUGGGCCAGGUUGACAUCAGACGACGUUCAAGAAUUGAAAAAUCAUUCAAUUUAUGACAUAGUACGCCGUCUAUUUUGUUUUGAUGAGUCAGCUCUUAAAUAUCUUUCGCUGGACCGCUUUGACAUUACACACGAAGAUGAUUUAUCUUGGAAGUUCCCAUCUCUGAUACCAAACCUUAAUGAACUGUCGCUUGCAUUUUGCAGUCAGGUUGAUAAAAGUGUUUUAAGGAUAUUUUCUGAUUCUUGCCGCAAUAUACAUAGUUUAAACUUGGAAGAGUGCAACAUUACAAAUGAUUGUUUUCCUAUUCUUAAUAACCAAAUGAAUAUAACAAAACUCAAUAUAUCUUACUGCAACAACCUGACCGAUGAGUUUGUGAUUAUGAUAAGUCAAUGGAGUCUCAGGGAUCUGAAUAUUGAUGGUGUUCAAUGGAUCAGCGAUGAAGCUGUAGAACAUUUGUUGCAUAAUUGUCAACAUUCACUUGAACAUCUAUGGCUAGAUGGGGAAAAUUUGACAGAUGACGGAUUGAGGCUGCUACAAUGUUGUCAUAAUAUUAAAGUUUUAAAAAUAUCAUUCUGUGAACAGUUAACAGAUGUGACAUUGAGAAUAAUUGCCGAGAUGCCAGGCCUUACUUCACUAGCUUUAAGAAAGGGAAAGAAUUUUUCAGAAGACGGAAUUAUUUUUCUAUUUAAAAACCUUUGUAAAGGAUUGUAUCACCUGGACUUUUAUGAUUGCCAAGCUUUGAAUGAUGAAGCGGUCUUUUGGAUAACACAAUCACCUUUCAUGGUGCUGGUAUAUUACAGAUGAAGGCUUAAAGAACAUUGUUUAUUGUUGUCGUAACAUCCAAAAACUUAUAUUAACUGGCGUUCACGAACUUACUGGGGAACCAUUUAAAGAGAUACCACAGAG